GAGGAGGGUGUGACUAGCUAUUAACAUGCAGCAGGCAGGGCUUGUUGUGCUGUAUACAGUGUUCUGCUCUCACCGUACGAAGCUCAGGCUCUGCGUUCAUACUAUGUGUUGGUGACACAGGUGGCCAUGAGAAGUAAGUUUCCCUGAGUUGGGAUCUGCAUCGUUGGAGACUGCUGCCGCCGCCGCCACCAUGAGUUGGACGAGAGGACAUUACGGAAUCCUACUGCUCUGUUUGUCCGGCGUAGCUGGGUUUGUUUACAGAAUGUUGGUGACAGAAUCUGAUCCAUAUGUGCCACCUCUACCCAGAACAUACGCGGAAUAUCCUAAGCUGUCCAGUACCGUGGAUCCCUACCACCUACAAAACAACACCGAGCUCUCGGAACUCUUAAGUCUGAUAUACUGGCCUGACCUACCUUCCAGUGACAUCAAGUUUUACCUUUCCACCAGCCCCAAGAAGAGUCAUUAUGAGCUAGUAAAUAAACAGGACAGGUAUAGAGUGGGUGAAACCCUGGAGGUUCUGAUCACUGCCCGGAAUCACCAAGCUCAACCCAAGACCCAUGGGGGGGACUUCUUCAGGGCCAAGCUUCACUCCCCUAAGCUUAAAGCUGGUGUCACCGGACAAGUAAUGGAUUAUGGCAAUGGGACCUACCUGGUGAAGUUCCUCCUCCUGUGGCCUGGUGAAGCACUAGUCAAUAUCAAACUCAUUCACUCCAGUGAAGCUGUGGCUGUCUUGAAAACCAAGAGAGAUCAGUAUCCAGAUAAGGUAUACUUUUAUGGGUUUUUUCAGUCCAAUGGAGUCAGUGAAGUCACAGAAUGUAACCUGGAGAUGACCGGAAGGGAUAUAUGCGACUACAGGGACCCUGUGAGUGGUGACCCUUGGCAGUGUUUGAAGCCUCAGAAACUACCAUGUGAAGGCUGGGUCCAACAUUCCAUGGGUGGAUAUCGUAAGGUGACAAAUUCUCUGGAGGACACUCUACUGAGUGGCUCUGUCACUAAUCAAGAUAUUCCAGGAUCGGUAUCUCCAAUCAAUGUUGAGUCAAACAGCAACUCUAAGGACCUUACCUCCAACCUCACCACCUGCAAGACUGGACACGAUAACCCGCAACCCUCUGGAUUUUAUUAUAAAGAUCAGUGGACUACUCUGACUUGUCGGGGGCGACAUUUCCCUCAACCCUCUGAUGCCAGCAACUGCUUGCGUGGGAAAGAUGUCUACAUGUUUGGAGAUUCCACAUUGCGCCAGUGGUUUGAAUAUUUAGAGAAGUUUAUCCCAAGCCUGAAGAGGAUAGACUUACAUGUUAAUUACCAGUCAGGACCUUUAAUUGCAGUGGACCCAGACUAUGGAACUGUAGUGCGUUGGAGGGCCCAUGGACUGCCUCUAAGGACUUCCAAGACGAUGACCUCAGACCUCCAUUUUGAGGCGGCGCACAUCUCUGGGAUCAGUGGGGGGCCCCACACCGUUGUGGUGAUGACCCUUUGGGCGCACUUUACUACCUACCCAGUUCAUGUCUACUUGCAAAGGUUAGCUCGGGUUCGUAAAGCGGUCUCAUCUUUGCUCUUCCGUAGCCCACAGACCACUGUGCUGAUCAAGUCGGCCAACACAGGCUACAAAUCUGUCUAUGGCAGCGACUGGCUCUCCCUUCAGCUGGACAUAUUACUGAGAGCGGCCUUCAAAGGCAUGGCUGUCACUGUUCUGGACGCAUGGGACAUGACAUCUUGUCACUACCUGCCUGACAACAUUCACCCUGGGCCUCCAGUCAUCAGAAAUGAAGUUGACCUAAUGCUAUCCUAUAUCUGUCCCCAAUGAGGUCGGAACAGGAGGAGUUCAUCCUCCCUUCCACAACAAACCGAUAUUAUGCGCUACCUGGUGCUUCAUAAUCGUGGAAAAGACUUGCUUCAUUUCACAUGUUACGCAAGCUGUCGACAAAACUGCAUUGAGCAAGAAGGACAGGUGGAUACAGGACCCAGGGGACCUUUAUUUAUUAUUUAUUGCGCAAGGACGCUGGUGAAAUAAGGGUUAUUACUCAGGGAGCUCUUACUUUUUUAUUUUAUGUUGUAGAAUUAUAAAUGAAUUGCGCAUUGCACAGACAUCCACACGUGUGGUUAUAAGUCCUUCUCCAAUUCUGUAAUUGUCUUUGACAGCAACUGCCCCGUAGCUUUGUAAUAUGGGGUGAUAUGUAAAGCGUGGGUGCGCCAGUUGCCAAAAACUAACUAUUUUUUGUCUAUUUUA